ACGACAUAGCCCGAAUGAUAUUUGUUCCAAUUUGAUAGCUAAUUGAAGAAGACAGCACCAGGAAGUUAGCUUCAACCGCUAAAUAAUCAUCUUGGUGCCUUUAAAAGCAUGGCAGACUCUGGGCCCCUUAGUGCAGAUGGGAAUCUGCCUGCAGAUUUUGCUGUUCCUUCUCAUGUAGAGGAAGUCAAAGUGCAGAUGGCAACUUUCGCUGCACGGCACAGCGCUGCUGGGCGUGUAGUGGUGCUGAUCACCUCGGGAGGUACCAAAGUCCCCUUGGAAUCUCGCACCGUUCGCUUCCUGGAUAACUUCAGCAGCGGCCGCCGUGGUGCCUCCUCGGCAGAGUACUUCCUUGAGUUGGGCUACGCCGUGAUAUUCCUCCACAGACACCGCUCCUUAUAUCCGUUCACACGCCUCUACUCAGGGAUUAAUCUGCUGGACAGCCUGCAGCUAGAAAGUGGAAUGGGGGGUUGUAGCUCUGGCCAAGUUGUUGUCGUUGACCAACAGGCCCUACCCAACAUUGCCAAAGUCCUUAAACGUUACCAGGUGGUGAAAGAUGCAGGGCUUCUUCUGUCUGUGGAAUUUAGCACACUCUCUGAGUACCUGCACCUCCUCAAAGCAGCAGCACAGGCACUCAGCCCCAUUGGGUCCAAAGCUAUGUUUUAUUUGGCUGCAGCAGUGUCAGAUUUCUACAUCCCAGUGUCUGAUAUGCCUGAGCACAAAAUCCAGUCUUCCGAUGGACCACUACAGAUCAGUAUGAAGAUGGUCCCCAAGAUGUUGUCACCGCUGGUGAAGGACUGGGCACCACAGGCCUUUGUCAUUUCCUUCAAGCUGGAAACCGACCCAUCCAUCUUGCUGGAGAGAGCUCGGCGGGCCCUGGACACCUACCGGCACCAGGUUGUAGUGGCCAACAUACUGGACACCAGGCGUGGUUAUGUGGUGGUGGUGACCCCUGACACUCAAGUUGAGUUGGUGCUGACAGACGAAGAAGCAAGCAGAGGCGUGGAGAUUGAGGACAGGAUUGUCAGUAACCUGAGUGUAGCUCACAGCCAGUUCAUAGCCCAAAACCAGGCUGCUUGAUUGAAUGAGCUGGCUGGAGGUCUAAGUAGACACCAUGUGUGUUGAAUCCAUGUAUGUUUAUUUAGGAUGUUCAGACUUUUUCGGUAUCUAAAUUUGCUUUAUGUAGCCCUGGAUUAGACAUUCAUGAGCAGGUUUCAAUACUCACUGUAUGCCUUUAUUUACAUAACAGAAAAGCAAUCGUUAAGCAUCUCUCAUCAUACCAAAUUAUAUCAGGAGGCAGAUCACAACAUCUGGUUUGUAAAUGAACCAAGUCAGACUUUACGAAGAAGAACUUUAUAACUUUAUAGUUUUUACAUUUCAUUACAAGAAAGCAGACUUGUCCCGUCAUGUCACAGAUGAAAAACAUGUCUAAUGAUACAUUACAGUUGGGUGGGUUACUUGAGCUUGAUACUCUUUUUAACUCCAGCACGAAUACCAGACAGCUCUCCACUGUAGCGCGUCUCCUCACGCCGGACUUCACGGACCUGAAAUACAUGGAAGAUUUCCAUUUAUCUGAACUUGAACACUGGACCAUUUUUAAUUUGACUUAUAAUUGACAUGGAAAUCAUACAAGUGGUCUAUUGUGUACACCAGUCCUGUACAUACAACAUGGUGGCAGUCCUGAGGGGUGUCUGCUGGUGUCAGUAAUGCUAGUAUGAUCAUCCAUAGGGUUAGUAUACAGUUCAUACUCUGCAGGUUUAUAUGUAGUCUACAAACCUGUCCCUUUCUGCGGAUCUUGGCUCGUCUGAACUUCUCUCUGUGUUUGACUCUGGGGUUGCGGUCAAUCUUCUUUCUCUUUGGUGUAAGCCCCUUAUUCUUAGCCAUCUGUGAAACAAAUAGAGCAACACGUUCUAAUUAGACCAAUGUUUUCAACCAGGGGAUGUAAUCUGUUAUACAAAAUAAAGAUCUGUCCGAUAUGAAGAUCAGGA